ACAUGGCUGAUGACAGUCGAAACUAAGAAAUAGUUGACGCUGUCGAGUUGUACAGAAAAAAAUAAAAGUUUGUACAAUGUAAAUAAUUAGGGUAGGGAACAGCGCGUAUAUAGAUGUAAAUAUCGUUCCGAAAACUCUGCUGUGAUAAAUGUAAUGGCUAAUGACUCGUCGGAGGAAGACCUAAGGAAAAACUUGGAUAUUUUGCAAUCUAUGAUUGAUGUGUCCGCCGAAAGGCUAGAGGGGCUUCGCACGCAGUGUGCUACUAGCGCCGAAUUGACCCGUCAAGAAAUACGCACGUUAGAGGGGAAAUUGAUAAAACUCUUCUCGCAACAACUUGUUACCAAGCUAAAAUUAAGAAAUGGUAUUGAGGUACCGGUGCCUUCAGUGAAACAAUGGCUUCAAGUUGUCGGACUUGGGAAGGACAGUAUUGUUUCAUUGUCUCUCAAAAUAUCGUCGGUGGAGGAGUUGCAAGAAAAAUCCGAACACGAAUUGAAAUCACUGCUGGCGGCCAGCGCGGAAGAAGCGAGCCGACUCUGCCGGGCUCUGCACAGUUUAAAAAAGUACACCGACGUUUUGAAACGGGGCGAGUCACAAGAUGGUACCCAGGACUCGAACUUGUCUUGGGACUCGUGGGACCGCCACCACUACUUGAAAAUUAAAUCGGAACUGUCGCCGAGGGCGGCUCGAUCGCGUGCCACAAGAGCCUCAGUACCGUCCGAGGAGAAUCUCUUCAAUAACAAUAACAAACCGGCGGCCACCAUCACUUCCUCGCCGUCGGUGUCCAGUAUUAAUUCGCUGAACGCGGGCGGUGUCGUUUUGGGACCGCCCCUAACACCACCCGCAGCCGCAUCCGCCACAUUCAGUCCUCAAACGCUGCGGGGCAAAGAAAAAAAGUUUCCAACCACUCCGCCCGCGCGUAGGAAGCACUUGACAAACAACGCGCCGGCGUUAUUACCUGACUCUUUCCCGUUGACCAAAAGUAAGUCGCACGAGUCGCAGUUGGCCGCGAGCAAAGCGGAAAGCAAUACGGAACUCAACAAUAUUAGUGAGACGAAGAUGGUUGUGAAGCGGGCGAGGCUGCCCACAGAGCCCGGUCCCGAAACGAUGGGCCUGACGAGCCCAGUGCUCACGAGCCCCGUCAAGUCGCCUCCCUAUAACAGCACUGGCACCGACAGUGAUGACAGCAGCUACACAUCUAUCAGCUUGCAAGUGCCGAAAAAAAUGACGCACCAGAUCAACCACCGGUUCACGAAAACUUUCAAGUUGAUGACCUCGUGCGGACUGUGCCUACGUCCCAUCCUCGGCAUGGGACUCAAGUGCAAGGAGUGCAAGUACACGUGCCAUAGGGAGUGCGAGGAAAAGGUGGCGCCCUCUUGCGGCCUGCCGCCCGAGUACCUCGACGAGUUCAAGAAGACGGUCGAGGGUCAGGUAUUCCCGUCGCCUACGGCAUCGAGGUCAAGCAAGACGAACAACAUCAUGAACUCGCUGACGCGGGGGCGGCAUCGGAAGAACUCGCACCCCCAGCCGCCGGUAAACGUUCCGCCUCCAGAUAGCAGUUCUAACACGUCGAGCUGCAAUAGUUCGACGCCGAGCAGUCCCGCCAUUCAGACGAUGACGACGCUAUCGAGCCAGAAACAGUCCCAGUUCCAUUUUCCAGACGCGACGACGACGCAUGCCGAUCCCGCGAAAAAAACGACCACCGAAAGCCACCCGACGCAGGCGUCGGUAAAUUCGCCACGGCGCGAGCUGGUCAGCUCGCAGCAGUCGAAGGACAGCGACAGGACCGCGUCCCAAACGUCGAACAGCAACAGCACGGACUCGGACAGGACGCCCGUCCGAUUGGACAGCCAAGACAGUCAGGUGUCCGACACGGAGACUAUAUCGGACGGGCACAGGUGGCCUCGACAAAAUAGCUUGUCAAUGCGCGAAUGGGACAUUCCGUACGACGAACUGAAGGUGUCUAAACCGGUUGGCACCGGUCGCUUCGGUACCGUCUACAGGGGUUACUGGCACGGCGACGUCGCCGUCAAGCUGCUGAACGUCAGCUACCUGAAAGACGAGAAGACGUUGGAGCAGUUCAAGAUGGAGGUGUCGAUAUUUCGGAAAACGCGCCACGAGAACCUCAUCCUGUUUAUGGGCGCGUGCAUGAAACCGCCCAAGCUCGCCAUUGUGACCAGCUUCAGCAAGGGCAACACCCUGUACACGCACAUCCACCUCAGGAAGGACAAGUUCAACAUGGACCGGACGACGAUGAUCGCGCAGCAGAUUUGCCAGGGCAUGGGUUACUUGCACGCGAAGGGCAUCGUGCACAAGGACCUAAAGAGCAAAAACAUAUUCCUCGAGAACGGCAAAGUGGUGAUCGCCGAUUUCGGCCUGUUCAGCGUCACCAAGCUCUGUUUCGGUCACAGAAAAAGCGAAAGCCUCAGCAUUCCGCCGGGCUGGUUGUGCUAUCUCGCCCCCGAGAUCAUGCGUUGCCUCGACGCCCACAUCUUUGAGGAGAACGAGCUGCCGUUCAGCAAAGCCUCCGACGUGUACGCGUUCGGCACGGUUUGGUACGAGCUGCUAUGCGGCGAGUGGCCGUUCAAAGAUCAACCACCCGAAUCAGUCAUCUGGCAGGUGGGGAAGGGCAUGAAGCAACCCCUGGCGAACCUCCAGGCGUCGGGCGAGGUCAAGGACAUACUGAUGCUCUGCUGGCAGUACCGCGAGGAAAACCGGCCCGACUUUAUCCGGAUCUUGGACUUUCUGAAGAAGCUGCCCAAGAAAAAGCUCGCGCGCAGCCCUUCGCAUCCCAUACACCUGUCCAGGUCGGCGGAGUCGGUUUUCAUGUAAACGGACGCGAGGUGGGCGGGGCCGAGGCG